AUGUUCAUGCUCCGUACCGUCUUGCUGCUCGCCGUCGUCGGCGUGUUCGUCGUCGAGUCGCUCAAGUGCCACGUCGUCGCCGCCGGCAACCUCUCGAUCGCCGACACGUCGACCGCUCAGGACUGCGGCCUCGGCUCGCUGACGUGCGUGAAAGUCGUCGACUUCACCCGCGGAACGUACACCAAGCAGUGCCAGACGAUGAAUUGCACGGUAGGCGCUCUCACGGUUACCAUAGCGUCGCGCUUGUGCUUAUCACCUGCUCGGCUCGGCUGAGAGCUUCGAGCCGAGAGCUGACAACAAAUAUCACAUGAGCUUACUUGACCAGUGCGCGCGCGCGCGUGCGCACACGAUUCCUCAUUAGGCGCACGUAUGAAAAGUAGUACGUUUGGUGGGAAAACGAGUGAUUGCAGAUGAACAACAUCCAAAACUCGGUGGCCAACUGCCAGAACACCUCCUCGUUCGGAGUGUCCGCGAUGACUUGCUGCUGCUACGGAGACGCGUACGUUCAUCCGCCCCGUCGCAUCUCUUUGAGACCUACAAUAUCCGAUUUUCAGUUGCAACUCGGCCCCACAAACCGGAUUCAUCUCGGUCGUCGGAUUCGCCGCCGUCUCCGCCGCUCUCCUGCACUACAUCUCCUAA